AUGACUCCUGAAUCGAGAGAGGAAGAGUUUGGUCAAUUGGACGCGGUGACACUGAAGAAACUCUUUGACUCAAGCGAUUGGUACAAAGACAAGAUCCAAAAAUCCGCAAACGCAAAAGGGACACUGUUGGCGGCCAUCGGAGAGCGCGACCGAAGUGAGCCUAGCGGAAGUGGUCGCGCCUGUUACUACUGCUACGAGAAGUACGGAGAUGACAGAUUCGGCAAGGACCAGCCCGCCUACGCCAUCCUGAAAGCCAACGGAAAUUACAGACCGUUCAACAAGAAGCGCAAAUACCCCGAAUCAGUAAACAUUGAACCCUUGCGGCAGUUCUGUGUGGAUUGCGGCGUCCGUCUCCACUUUUACCGGCGCUACCGGCGCUUCGAUUCAGAGACCGGCGCGGUUUGGUGGGCCUGCCGCUGCCGAGUGCUACGCCCCGUUGUGGACGAUGAGAAUGAACCUUGCCCGGAUUGCAACUGUAUUUGCCCUCUCAGGAACCCUGACGAAGAGGAUGAUACCUUUGAGUCGGACGAGUCGGAUAGGUCGGACCCUUGA